CUCACCAGCAAUUACGAUGCCCGCAGGCCUACGAACUGUUAUUCUCCUAUCCUUUGUCCUCGCGUUGGGCUUCUUAUUAAUUAUUUUGUCCUGCGCACUGUGGCAGAACUGGCUACCUCUACUUGUUGCUUUGACCUUCGUUCUCGCGCCUUUGCCCAAUGCGUUGUUUUCACAUUGUGGCGCAGAUGAAUUUGCGGCAGAUUAUGGGGAUUCAGGUGCACUUGAUGUUGGACGGUUCAUCACCUCGAUGAUCGUCGUUACAGGUUUCGCUCUCCCGACGGUGCUGGCCCAUGCCAAUGUUAUUGACCCUAAAGCAUGUGUGAUGUCGGUCGCAGGAGGAGGGCUUGUUUACGGCACUAUCUUGGCCUACGCUGCGGCUUUUAGCCAGGAGGAUUCUGACUACGACUGAUGCAUACUACAUAUCGUGUCUUGCAAUAACACUUGUCUAAGAUU